CGCUCCCACACGACGAGGGCUACAUUUCUGGUGCGGGCGCUGUGCGCGCUGCGUAGCCUAGACACAGGCCCGCGGCGCCAUCUCUGGAACCUAUUGACUCUUUCAGUGGCCUCAAAUGAUGUUGGAUUGAGACCGUCGUUCAUGCCGCCUCCCCACUAUUUUAAUCGAUUUUAUCCACGUGUCAAUGCUGCCGACAACAUGAGGCGUGCCACCACUCCUGCCGGAGCUAGGGAUUGUUCGCGGAGGGGAUUUGAGGUUCCUAUAUGGGCGUAAAUGCAUCGGAAAGACACAAGACCUCGGGCCGCCCUCUUCUUGAAUCACCCUCUGCUCAGUCUCCGGCGCCUCCGAACCCCAAUGCAGCUGGAACAACUGGCCAGCCGUCACCGGGGCAGCGCGUUCACAUCAUUUGCUGACCCCCAUCGGCUGGACUCCUGUGUCGAGUGAGAUCCUUGGGCUCCUUCAGACCCCGGCAGAUGCUCCGAGUUCUUCUCAUCGGGUCAAGGGUGAUGAGAACGAAGCUUGUUUGUAGCUUCCAAAAGGGAAAGCGUGCGACGGAGUUUGACGCACUUGUAUCCAAUGACAGUCUUCUAACAAUCGCAUUUUGAUAUACUGUGUGAUGCGAUGAACGUGAAGCGACCUGGAACACAAAGUCUAAUUCAUACCAUGAUCUGACCUUCCA